UUGUGUCUAGUCUUGAUACAGGUAGUGAAUGGUCAAACAAGCAAAAAGCAUCAUCAUUGUCGUCGGCGUCGGCGUCAUUGUCAUUAUCACCAUCAUUUUAGAAGCUGUAAAUAUCUUCUAAUUCUAUAUCCAAAGGAUGAAGAAAGUUGAUACAUGUAUACGACAUAGCUACCAGGUUCUAAUUCUAAUUUUGUAUGAAACAGCUUGUGCGCAAAUAAGUUCGCCACACCGUUCUAGUAUAAUAAAUGAAACUAUUUCAAUUAUACACGGAGAAGAAGACAAACCUCUACAUCUGCAGUGUCCUUUCAGUGUCACCAAUACAGUUCUGAAAAGAAAUGGAAGAAUUGUUAAAGAGUCUAGGUUUGGUGCACUCGUAUAUUCCCUUAUUCUAAGAAAAGAUGAUCACAAUUCAACGUUUUCUUGUGAGACGUAUACUUCUGCUGGUCGUAAAAGAACGAUGAACACUGCUACACUUGAUAUACGAUAUAAACCGUUUUUGUCUAUGAACUAUACAUCAAAUAAUGUUUAUGAGGGACAAUCUGUAACACUCUGCUGCAGCUCUGAUAGUCGACCGUUAACAAAAGAAAUGUGGUGGGACAUGGAAAGUAGAUUACUAUCUUCAGAGUAUGAUACAAACGUCUUGUGUCAUAAAAUUAUGAAUAUUAGUCGUCAAGAUAGCGGUAGUUACAAAUGUUUUGCAGAAAACGAGAUUGGAAUUGUGAAUACUGAUGAGAUCAUCAUAACAGUUUUAUAUCCUCCUAACAUUCCUGAUCAGCACAUAAAUUUUACUGAUACUGAUGUUUUACGAACUCUGAAGUGUCUUGCAAAUGGGGUACCUGCAAAAUAUUCCUAUGGUCGAUGGCAGCAUCUUUCGCGUUUUGGCGAAUACAUUAGAUACUUAAAUUCUUCACCUGACGGCAAAGUAACUCUACCGCCAAUUGCAAAUAAGAUGGAAAGGUAUCAAGACAACGGUAUAUAUCUAUGUACUGCGUCAAAUACAGUAUCUGAUAGUUUCGGCAACAGUUUUCAGACCGGGAAGAACUUCGUUAUGUCAAAUGGACCGCCCGUAUUUGUGAAGAAAAUUGAACAUAAGCAGUAUGGUCAAAUAGGGAAAAUAUUCAAUAUGAAAUUCAUUGUAUACAGUACCUCAGAGAUAGAAUGGUUUAAUAUUAAAAGUGAGAAUAAAGAAAUACGAGUUUCUUCGGAGAUGACACAUGUUAAUAGUAGCAUGGUCUUCCAUGGAACUGAACUAUCUGUAGAAACCAUUGAAGUUGUUUUGAGCUUCAACAUUUCUAAUAAGAGUAGCCGUCAGGACUAUACUGUAACACUGUGUAAUGGUUAUGGUAAUAGUAGUUUUGUAGUAGAGCUAAAAUCAGUCCAAGUCUAUGUAGAAGAACAAAAAAACGACGAUACGAUGGCUGCAAUAAUUACCUUCUCGACAUUUGUGGUAAUGUGUGUCCCAAUCUUAGGAGCAGCAGCAGUUUUCCUGAGAAGAAAAAGAAAUAGAAGAACAUCGGAGGAUGUCUCAGAGUCAGAGUCGGUAGACGGACAGCCAGUGCCAAUGGAGAAUAUUGUGUAUCAAAAUGCAACUCAUUUGGUAGCUUUUCGACCAACCCCCGUUCAAACUAGCGUAGAAGUUAUUGAAUAUAACCGCGGUUCAUAUACUCAAGAACAGAACACGGCUCCAUUGAUAGGGCAAUUAAAUUAUGUAGAUGUUAUUUUCCAACCAUCUACGACGCAAGAUGUUGUGCAGAUCAUAGGUAUAGAGAACAGAACCAUAUACGCCGAUGUGAAUGUUUCAGCAGGGGCCACGAGCUCCGUCGAUACACGGAGUGUAAUGAGUAGUGAUGAAGAAAAACUUUGUCGAAAUUGAGGGUCUUGACAAUUUCACCGACAGAAGAAAAGAACAUUUAAUCGCCGAAUUUUGUCAAAUGAAAUAUAUCAUAAAAUUCUAAAUGAUACGGACGAGAUGUCUGAUGGUUAUAAGAGUCACAAUUUACCAGGCUUAGUUGGUGGCCUUGAGCUGUUUUUUGCUCUUUGGUCGGGUUGUUGUCUCUUUGACACAUUCCCCGUUUCCAUUAUUAAUUUUAUCACAAAUUUGUUAAACAAGAUACAUAUAUAUCAUAUAAAUUUCUAAAUAAUAAAGAACUAGCUGUUUGAUGGUUAUGAUUAUAAAGGUCACAAUUAACCAAUCUUAGGUAGUAUGUCUACAUGGGCAUGGUUAUUCAUAAUGUAACUGUAAUUCGAACAUGAAAUCUAGUGCUAGAUGCACUCAUGAGUAGUAGCUUUGCACAACAGAAAACAAACACAGUGUUUAAAAUACAGUUUACAGUUCAUUAUCUGUUAAAGAUCACAUAGUUAUAUAGUCUUGCCUAUUCAUUUUGAAGGGAAAUAAUGGUCUAGUUUUUAUUGUAGCAUGUGUUCUUCGAUGUAUAAAGAUUAAUAUUGUAAACUUCUACUCAAUAAAUACA